AUGGUCAUAAAUUAUCCUUCGUCUCUCUCCACCAUGCCUACCCAGUCUGUACCUUCCUCGCCUAUACCUACCUUCAUCGAUGUCCACGCCAAAGACCGCCGCCAUAUCCUAGGAAUACUGUCGCGCAAAGUGCUGCAAAAUACCAUUGCCACCGUCGCCCACUCUCCCAAACUCGUCGCCCAGGCUAUCUUCCCCGGCACCGACGAAAACUCGCAAGAUGCUGUGUUGAAGGAGAAUAUUAUGCGUCGCAUUGUUCGCAAGAGUCGUAACCAUUACGCCGCAAAACCACCCAAGGCGAGCUCGAUUCCCCCAAUUCCCCCGCCAAUGCAACGUGUUUUGCGCUCGAUUCCUAUUGGCGCUGAAGGCUUUGUCGAACCGAUCCAUGUCCCAGCUAUCCCCAAGAAUUCCACUCUCAAACCCAGACGCGAUGACUACUUCAACCUCCCCCCGCCCCUGACCCCGAGCGAAAACCGUGCGAUCAUGUGCUUGUCUGCAUCCCAGCCCAACAACAGCGACGCUCAAAGCAACGCAAUGCUUGUUCUCUCUGACGAGCGCCAGACUUCGCGGCUUCAGAUCGACGCGCUGUCCUCCCAAAUCACGGCCCUCCGUCGCAACGAGCCGGCUCCCGAUUCUGCACUGGCAAGUCAGCAGCAACUCACGGUCGCCAACAGCAGCAGCACCCUUGCGACGCUGAAGCCCAAUGCUUCCCAGACCAGCCUUGCUCCGCCUAUGCUGACUCAUGCCCGCUCCUCAGGCUCCCAGCGCGAAACCUUUCAUGUCGUCCGUGAGCUCGGUCCGGACACGGCCGAUGAAGCGAUUCUCCGAGUUUUCCGUCGCAAGAGCUAUCAGGAGCCGUCCACCCAGUUCGAGCAUGGCAGCGACCCGACACCGUUGUGGUAG